AUGCCCAAGAGCCGCCAACCAUACAACUAUACUUACAAGCCCUCCUAUCAAACCUCCUCGAAUUCCCCGCGUCCAACGUCGGGUUCAUUCGCAUCAGGUUCAAGAUCUUCAACAGCCAACACCGCCGGCCCAACAUCCCUCUCCACUGCUCCAGAGCCCGCUCUAGAACGAGUAGGCCCGUCCGGCAGCGUAAACGAACUCCUAAGUCACUUACGGCUGACCCAACAGCCAGCCCAAAACACUCGCGAUGAACACACCGAAGGUCGCUUCAAUACCUUUGCGCCGGCCCCAACUGUACAUCCUUCCCUCCAAGCUAUCUUGGGCGUAGACCAAGCCUUACCACCACAACCAAGAGCUAGGGGCUUCGUUACUCCAAAUUCAUGGCGUACAAGGAAUGGUUUCGACCCUUAUCGACGGCUGCAGGAUGGGGAAUCUACCACAUCAUCCGCGAGCGGAUUUGAAGCUCGAGGGAGCUCUAUGUAUCCAAACUAUGAAGUUGGAUCGGCGUUUGAUUUGGAGACGAUAGCAGGUGUGGAUCACGAUCCGGCCUUGUCACUCGUCAAUCUAUGUCUAAGAGCCGUGGCGAGAAAUUGGGCUUUUCAUCGUGUUUAUGACAAGUACUAUCUGAGGGAUCUACGGCCGGUUCAUAAGAGUCUUUUGCUGGCGCAUUUAGCGGCUUGUACAAUAUCUCGACGGCAACAAUAUGUGGAUGAGGGAGAUGUGCUCAUCGGAUCGAUAGACAAAGCUGGCUUUGAACUAUUGUUCCGUGCUCCGUUUCCAGCGGAUACCUACGACGGAAACGACGAAAGUGUUGCCGGUGAAAUUGACAAGUCUCUUCCUCUGGCUGGGAUGGAAUUUGUCACUCAUCUCAACUUUGCUGGAUCAAUCGGUUAUAGUAUUUCCUUAAGAGAUUUGAAUCGAUUGUUCAGCAAGAAGGUUUCGACUCCUGCUCCAACUGAGUCUGCAGGGAAAUCACCUGAGAAACAGAAGCAGGCGGUCAUAUUUGAUAGUUGGGAAGACAUCGUUGACCAUGAAGAGGAAGCUGCUGGUCUAAGCUUGCUCGGCCCCGAUCUACGAAUUCGUCACUUCCCCAAUCUAACCCACCUCUCUCUCGCAUAUCCGAGGAACAGCGCGAUCUCCUUUUCAGACCUCCUAAAACUCACUAAAGAUAGUGUUCCCACAAUAACUCACCUCUCCCUCGCCGGCUGGCCAACCCCUACAUCUGGUGCUUCAUCUCUCCCCCUAGAAACUAGAGUUUCUACAAACAUAAGGCAUUUGUCCCAAAGCCUUAUCUGUCUUCGAUACCUUGAUGUUUCAGAUUGUGAUUCAGAUAUGUACAAAGGCCUAGAGGGAGCGGAUUGGGCUGAAUGUUGGAAAAAAGUAGAUGAUGUGAUUGCAAGGCAAGGACGUGCACUUUCAGCAAAGGGAGAGAGGGUGCUCAGUAAGAGAAAUCAGACAAUCAUGGAUACUGAGCAGGCGGUGAAGGCAUUGAGGAGGGCUUGUAAAGGAGAGAUGUGUAGGUUUGUGUACAGUCAGAAAGAAGAAGUUUAA